CAUUUAACAGUCGUACGGCGCCCGAGGCGAAAGCGUCCGCUGCUUGGCUCCUUUUAUCAGUUGCUCAUGGAUGUUUCAUCCUUACUUGACGAACUUCAUCUGUGCACCCCGCCUUUGGGAGAGAAUCCCCUCCCCUCUUCCCCUCUCCCGCCAAUCACAUCACUGUUGGUGCAUCUGCAGCGGCACCUGAUUGGUGGAGCCUCUGACAAACACUCUCUUAUUGGCUAUGUCGCACGACUCUUCCAAAAGGCAGAUGCUCAUUGGCUGUUCAGCCCAGCCUCAGCGGAAGAACUUUGGGCGGAGCUUGAGGCGGCACAUAUAUCUGUGGUCUGUGCUCUGAUUGGCUGUGCCGCUCUCGCGCCAUGUGACGACAACCGCGGCCUGCCGCCACCUGGGGACUAUCGCCACGUUCCGGCCCUCGCCACCCAGGUGUGCUCCACCCUCCAAGCGCUGCUGGGAAGACUGGAGGAGGCCGGGGUCGGAGCCAGAGAAGGUCUGCUGCUCGCCAUGGCGCCGCAUGUGUGCGUCUUUGCUGUCACGCACUUCCAGGAGCAGGCGUGGAGCGACUUCUCCUCCAGACGGGCGGCGCAGAGCCUGCAGGGGGCGUUGCUGAAAGCAGGAAGCUGGACAAACUCCGCCCACCUCCUGAUGGGCAAUGUGGGACUUGGGAAGGAUGGGGAGGGGCAGACAGGUGGGAUCCUGGGAGGAGUUCUGGACGUCCUCCAACCUCAACUGACCAAGGAGUCGUGGCGGCAUGGCGAAGCGGCCAAGUUGGUGUUCGCAUGGACGCUCCUCCAGGUGACACGCCCCGCCCUUGCCCCUCACCUGCCCCGCCUCCUCCCAUGUGCCCUCCUCCUCAGCGACCACCACGCUGUGGAGAACUGCAUGCUGGGCGUCCGAUGUCUGCACCACAUCCUCCUCCACACGCCUGCAUGUGAGCUGCGUCAGUACAACAGAGGUCAGGUGGUCUACCAGGCGUUAUUCAAACAUCUCUACACCUCUGAGGAUGAUGUCAUUCAGCGGGUUCUGGAAUGCAUGUUGGACCUUCUGUUGGUUUUGGAGAAGCCCCCCUCCUCCGCUGGCACCCACCGCAGGAAGCCCUCUCGCCAUGACGACGUGCUGCGCCUGCUCCUCACCCACAUGGAGGGGGAGCAUAAAGUGUUGCUGCGGCGCGUCUACGCCUCAGUGCUUCCUGCUUACCUGAACAGGAUGGGCGUGGCCGUGUGUCGACACCUGCGGCGGCUAGAGCGCAUCCUCAUUGGAUACUUGGAAAUCAGCGACCCACCUGAUGAGACCAGUCGCCUGAAAGUUCUGGAGGCGCUGCAGAUCACCUUGGCAGCAGCGUGGCCACGGUUUGUGUGUCGUGUGGACAUGUUGCUGCCGUGUUUGCUGCGCCUGCUGGUCGACGUGUCACGUGACCCACACCUACAAGAGGCGGCAAGACAUCAGCUGACCUCCCAGGCGUCUCGCUGCGUUGCGCUGCUCCACGCCGCUGCCCGCCGUGACCUUCAGCAGGUUGACAGCAUGUGGGAGGAGCUUGACUGCCUAACAACAGUAACCAUGGCAACAGAGAGCUGACACAAUGGAAGCAUCUGAUUAGACGUCAGUGUCCUGCACCCGCAGUGGGACACCGGGUGCUUUUUAAUGUUUCGUGGCAUCUUGUUGGCGACACUCGAUAGACUUUUGCAGCGCACGUAGCUCCUCCCCCUUCCUGGCCAGCUCGCCAUCCGUCUUUUUAAGCUUGCAUUGGAUUUGUCUUUGUUUGGUGCAGACGUCCUGGAGGGCGUGGCGCUCUGCAAGGAGCUGCUGAACCACUCCUCUCAGCUCUACGCACGCACGCGCACACACCCACACACAUGCAGCCAGUAUGAGUGGUUGAUGAGAUGAUGAUGAUCAGAAUAAAAAAAAGAGAGGGAGGUGUUGACCUGCUUUGUUUGUUGACUUGGUACUGCAGGAUGAAGAGUCGCUCCUCCUCUUCCUCCACAGCUGACAUAGUUGAAGACCUGGACAUGGUUAGCACCUCCUGUUGGUCACAAAGCUCCUACACACACACACACACACACAAUUUACUGAGCCAUUCAAGAUUCAAGAGUUUUAUUGUCAUAUGCAUAGUAAAACAGGCAGUUAUACGAUGCAAUGAAAUUCUUAUUCUGUUCAUUCACACACACACACCAUGGCCCCACCCACUCACCUUGGCAGAGUGAGUCGCUGCUGCUCCUGAUGGACCGCCUCCAGCUGUACAAUGGCCGCCCUAUGCUCCGCCCUCUUCUGCUCCACCUGCAGGAACACCCUUACAUGGAGUGUGUGUGUGUGUGUGUGUGUGUAUGCACAAAGUGUGAUGAUACCUGACUGUGGGUCCAAUCCAAAUGUGCACGUGCCUCCUGACAGAAGCUCAGCUAGUCUGCAUGCACGUGCACGCACACACACACGCAUGUUUUUAUUAUUUGAUGAUGAAACCUAGUAAAAGUGAUGUUGUAUGUGUGUGUGUGUGUGUGUGUGUUACCUGUCCUGUACGGUGGAGCAGAGAGCUCGGGACUCCACCUCUCUGCCCCUUGGAUCCGCCUCCACACUCCUCAGCCUCCGAUGCUGCCCCCUGGUGGUCCUGAGGUGUAGUGGCAGGUGCUGCAGGCAGGUGGUGCUGUUGGUACACUGCUGUGACGCAACCUGGAACACACAGUGGACGUGACACACACCACCUGCGCGCACGCGUGUGUGUGUGUGCGUGUGUUUACCUUACGUAGACGUGUGUGAGCUUCUAGCAAACGUCUGUCAGCCUCACGAAGUUCAGCUUGUCUUUUGUUGAGUGUUUUCUCCACACACUCCACCUUAUCACACACACACACAGUGAGGAGUACUGCUGUGGUGUUUGUCUGAGUGAGAGAGACCUGCUACGUGUGUAUUGAUGUUUGCGUUGCUGGGGUAGGUUCUUCUUCUGCAGCUGCAGCGUGUCAGUGUGCUGGCCUUCGGCGCCCCCCGAUGGACAACAAGCAUGAAAGUGCAGCCGGGCGGUCCGACAUCACUUGCUGCUCCCCGGCCCCGCCUCCCAUCCGCUCCAGCUGAGCUUCUGCUUGUGGACGUGCGUUCCUCAUCUGUGUGUGUGCGUUGGCCCCGCUAUGUGCACGUGGACUUUUUGCCGUCUUGGUUCUGGCUAAGAGUGAAGUUGCUAAUACGAAUACUAAUCCCUCGUUCGGGCUCCAGAUUCAGACUCGAGAAGUAGGAUUCAUUUGAGUAAAUUGAAUAUUUUGGAGUUAGGGCAUAGAAACGUGCUUACCACCUUCUAAAUACACUUUGUUUGCCAUGAUUAGAGCCCUCUAGACAUGAAGUGACACCCGAGAAAAAGCAAGCCUUUUGUCUGAGUUCUCGUACAAGACCACCAAGGAUUCCCUCCAAAUCCCUCCGAAGAACUUCACUGGCCAAAAUCUGACCUGAGCACCACGCAGUACAUGCAAACUAUCAGUGCCGGGUCAUUGGCAAGUCACUGACGAGCUUGUCUCAGCUCUGUGAUUGGUCGCUGUGUUCCUCACCGUCGGUCAGCUGCUUAUCCAGCUCUGUGAUCUCCUGCGUCUCCGUGGCGAUGCGAGACAAGACGUCGUCAAGGCGACCGUCUAGGUGGCUCUGCUUACGACUCAUCCCGUCCCACAGGUGGGGGGCUUUGAGCGACACAGUCAAAGCUCUUCUGUAGCGUCAGCAAACAUUUUUAACAUAAUGCAUCCGCAGGUCAUUAUUACGAUGAUUCCAUUCCAUUCCAUUCCAUUUUCCUCCGCUUAUCCGGGUCCGGGUCGCGGGGGCAGCAGUCUCAGUAGGGAAGCCCAGACUUCCCGGUCCCCGACCACCUCCUCCAGCUCCACCGGGAGGACACCGAGGCGUUCCCAGGCCAGCUGUGAGACAUAAUCCCUCCAGCGUGUCCUAGGUCUUCCCCGGGGCCUUCUCCCGGCUGGGCAUGCCCGAAACACCUCACCAGGGAGGCGUCCGGGAGGCAUCCGGACUAGAUGCCCGAGCCACCUCAGCUGGCUCCUCUCGAUGUGAAGGAGCAGCGGCUCUACUCUGAGCUCCUCUCGGAUAACCGAGCUCCUCACCCUGUCUCUUAGGGUGAGUCCCGCUACCCUACGAAGAAAACUCAUUUCAGCCGCUUGUAUCCGCGAUCUCGUUCUUUCGGUCAUGACCCAAAGCUCAUGACCAUAGGUGAGGGUGGGAACAUAGAUCGAUCGGUAAAUUGAGAGCUUUGCCUUCCGGCUCAGCUCUCUCUUCACCACGACGGUCCGGUACAGCGAUCGCAUUACUGCAGACGCUGCGCCGAUCCGCCUAUCGACCUCACGCUCCAACCUUCCCUCACUCGUGAACAAGACCCCGAGAUACUUGAACUCCUCCACCUGGGGCAGGACCUCAUUCCCAACCCGGAGGGAGCAAUCCACCCUUUUCCGACUGAGAACCAUGGCCUCGGAUUUGGAGGUGCUGAGUCUCAUCCCAGAAGCUUCACACUCAGAUGCAAACCGUCCCAGUAAACGCUGCAGGUCACAGCUCGAUGAGGCCAUCAGGACCACAUCGUCUGCAAAUAGCAGAGAUGAGAUCCUAGUGCCCCCGAACUGGACUCCCUCGACACCUUGGCUGCGCCUAGAUAUUACGAUGAUGAUUCUGUGAAUUAGCGCCACCGGGCGUUACCUCGCUAGUGUAGAGGAAAGAGGAAGGAAACUUCAUCCUCCCUUCGCUGAGCUCGUGUAGCUCAUUAGCAAUGAAUUAGCAGUGGCUUGGUGACUAGCUAUAGCCUCCUGCCAUGUUGGACUUUACAGCUCUACAUUCCAAAUACCUUGUCCUGUGCUCGUCACAGUGUUUCCUCCUUUAGGAAUGUCUUCAUCCAAAUAAAUCCUCUCUGUUUGACUUCCAUGUCUUCUAUAAAGUCACGUUAAACACUAAUGGUGCUAACUUUCUCUGUCUAACGGGCAUUGAUUUCAAACGGCCAAUAAACGUUUCACUUCCUACAAUUCUUCGCCAAUAAUGCCGCCUAUGUAGUGUUAACAGCGCAGUACUUUUACAGCGAAAGGUCACAAACAGGAUGUUCGGGCUAAUAAAAGUUGAGAACGGGCGAGGAUGUGGGAGGUAAAACAAAGCAAACCAGAACAGCGAAGAAACUAAGCUUCGUAUCAAAUGUUUAAUUAGACUUAAAGCAAUCAACCAAUCAAUACACGUGAGGUGGAAAAAACAACUGGAAGACAGAAAAUGCCACGCUAAUGCUAAAACAGUUUACUUCCUGGCACAGUAACGCCAACUGGUGUUUCGGAGGGUAAUCGCUAAAAAGAAAAACAACCUCAGAUUAUUAUAUUAUUUUUUAUUAUAUCUCUCUUAUAAGUCAUGAAAAACACUUGUAAUGAAAGCAAACUCUACAUGUUUACAUGUUGUACGUCAUGGUCUCCUGUGUGAAAGACUGUGUGAUCACAUGAACUUCCUGGAGCGGCAAGGAGGAGGAGCUGGAGGCGGGGCACACGUGAGGAGGCGUGGUCACGGCGUCAUGGACCAGUGGAUU